AUGCCUGGCAAGCUGAUCUCGGAUAUCGCGAUGACGUUCGGCUCAGUUUUUUUUCUCUUCAACUCCAUCGGAAGUAUUAGCGGCUUCUUCGUCGGUCCUAUUAUCACUGACAUUGACGAGAAUUUUGGUAGGCGAUGGGCUUACGGCUAUACUAUGCUCAUUGUCUUAUUCUGGUUCAAGACAUCACUGAGUUUCGCUCCAGGAAGGCCAUUGGAAUGUUACUGGAAUCUGGGUAGCGUUAUUGCCGUCCAGGUCAACUCUGGUUGUGUAGGUUUCAUCGCUUCAUCCUGGUCGUGGCGCUGUUACAUUAUUCAAGUCCCAUUCGUGCUUUACAACCUCAUCGCUGUACGAUUUGUAUGGGAAGUUCCUGCAUUCCUCCUCGCCAAAAGUCGUGAUGCGGAAGCUUACGUCUUUUUGGUGGAAUAUCAUGGGGGCGGGGAAGUGGACAACCCCGUUGUCCGUUUCGAAUUCAAGGAAAUGAAAGGGGCAAUUCUUGCAGCGCGAGAUGCGAAAUCGGAGAAGUGGUGUAUUGUUCGGAAGAAAAGAUCUACUUUUCACCGCCUAGGUUUGGCGGCAUUAAAGGUUUCCUUGAAGAACUUAACGAAUUAUAGCUUUCCGGAUAUUAACGAUAAUUCAUCUAAUUCUAUUGUGAGCUCGUAA